GCGAACCAGAAAUUGGGGUAUGUGGCUGGUUACUUCAAUGAGUCAUGCACGCUUCCAAAGAGUACUCCAACACGGCAAGAAGACACACCCUGGCAGUGGAAAGGAAUGGUCUCGGACAACAAACCUGAUUCUUCAACACAUAUUGAGUGAAUAGAACUUCGAAAAGAACAUGGAAGAUCAACAUACACAAACUUCACGAUCUACAGCGCCAGAUGCAGAAGAAAUAUCAGAAGAGAAUAUAAUUCCCGACCAGCCUCCAGAUUUGGAGCAACCAGCAUUAACCUCACGCUGGGAGCUACCUCCGCUUGGGGAAGUGCCUCCAUUUCCAGAAAUGUCUCUACACCUCGAGCUACCUCGAGUUACGAAUAUUCUCGAAGAGUUUCCACGCAUCACGGAAAUGCUUCGACGCAUGGAAUCGGUUCCGGAGCUGCCUCCGUUACGGCCUACGUUUGCAGAUUGGCUUGAACACCAGGUACAGCCCUUGCGUCUUCCGCCUCCCCUUCGACGCCCGGAAUCGCUUCCGAGCCUGCCUUCGUUUGCAGAUUUGCUUGAACACCAGGAACAGCCUCCGAGUUUUCUGCCAUUCCUUCGGCGCCCGGAAUCGCCUCUGGAAUCGCCUCCAACUUUGUUUCCGGUUGAGGAAUCACCUCCAAGCCCGGAGUCGUCCACACCCUCGGAUCCCCAAGAAAUAUUAAGGGCUUGGGAAGUUCGGAGCGUCAUAGAACCUUGGAGUUCUUUGCAGACUCGAGGAACGCAGGAAGAUGAAGGCCAGGGGCCCUCGGGAUCUACCCGUCGGCCCAUGUCAACCACCGAGGAGAAAGAACCUUUAGAUACUUUGAAGUGUCAACUUCAGAACCGUCUGGAAUGUCUGAUGUGCAUUGAGAUCAUGGUGUCUCCGAUUAUGCUUUGCUGCAAUGGUCACAUGAUAUGUGACAGCUGCAGACCAAAUCUGAAGAUAUGCCACUUAUGCAGGGGAAUUAUCACCAGAAUGAGGAACAUCUUUGCAGAGAAAGUCUCCAGUCUCCUGAAGGCUAAAUGUCGUUACACGUGGCAUGGCUGUAAGGUCGUCAUGGACCCCCAUAAAAUAAACACGCAUGAAUUAUUCUGUCAAUUUCAGCCUGUGGAGUGUCUUGUAGGAACCGGAACACAGGAAGUCCUGAAAUGCGGUUGGAAAGGAAAGAAAAGCGACUUGCUAGGACACGUGAUUGAAGAACACGGCAUGGAAAUGAUCUACUUUAAGCAACGGAUAGGACAAACUCAACCCUGCCUUCACAUAGACGAUUACAUGCAGAUUAAUUUAGUGUGCGCACACGAAGAAUUAUUUUGGUUCACUUUGAAACACGACGCGGAGAAACACUUAGAAGCUGUUUAUUACAUUGGAUCUCCAGACAUAGCCAAACAAUUUCGUUACAGACAUGAAUUUGUAUCUGUUGAUGGUAAAACGGGCAUAUCAUUCUUCACUGCAACUAGAAGUAUUUUCGAAGAUGAAGGUAACAUUUUUUCUUCCAAACCCUAUUUUCAAAUUGACGUCGAAAUGUAUAAGACACAUUUUGUAGACGGCGACGGGCUGAUACCUGGAUAUAUGUUAAAUAUUGAAAAGUUCAGACGUAACACGUGGAAUAUUAGCCCUUCUUGAAGAGUUUCCUACCCCUGAAUAUUUCGGUCACAGCAAGAAAUAAGGUUAGAUUCUGCAAGGCUUUCGUAUCAUUUAGAAAUUUGACUUCUGUCUUGUAAUCGGCAGUUACUUUUAUCAUGAAAUAUAGCUAAACUGUAGAGCAUAGUGGGUCUGUGUAAAAAUAAAUAAAUAAAUAAAUAA